AUGUAUUCAGAACCGUCGCAGCCCAUUCCCCCAAAUGAGGCAGCAGCCUCAUCCUCCCUCAGCCUAGCAACACACUCGAGCUGCAGCAGAAGCCUCCAACCCCUUUCUCCCCCUAAAACGCAAACACACACCCACAGAGGAGAGUGCGCCGGCCAGGAGGGUUGUUGUCGCCGCCAGCUGAUCACCGUCGAUGCCAUCACUGGCGUCGUUGCCAGCCGUGCCGCCAGAGGAAGCGAUCGGGCAGAAAGGGGGAAACAAGGGAAGGGACCGCGGAGAAGAGGAAGAGAGGGAGAAGGACUUGGCGCCGCCGCUGUUUCUGUGUUCCCCGACGGCGCUGUUGCACACGAGCCGGAGAAGCUCGUCCCUGUUGAACCGCUGCCACCACCACAAGGGUUUUGUCGCCGCCACUUGUGCCACCGUCGGCGAGCACAAAGAGAGAGGGAGCACGACAGGGGAAGCCAUUGCCGCCUGUCACCAUCGCGUGUCUCUGCUGCGUCACCACCAUACCGUUUCCGCUCCUGGUUGCUACUGAUGAAGUCGCUCCCGCCGUCGCUGCUAUUAGGGCUGUCGUCGUCCUCACCAGCUUCCGAGAGAAAGUCACGGUGGCGCUCCACUUCUGUUUCUCUUGCCCGCCGAGAGAAGAGCUCAUGGGUGGGGUAAACGCCUCUGCUGUGUUUCUCGAUCACUAGUGAUG